AUGGCCUCGUCCUCGCCCAAGCUGUUUCCCCCCUCGGAGGCCAGGAGUCACAAUGCCGCCCACCGAUGGACAACCCGUAUAAUACCCGUCUUUCUGCUCGGCGCCAUAGGCUUCGCCUGCUGGGCCCUCACCAAACCUAUAUGCAUUGACUUCUUCAUCGCUCGAAACCACGUCGGCAGCGCAAUCGUCCUGCUCGUUCUUCACUACAUCUUCCUAAUAUUAAUGCUUGCAUGCUACGCCCGUACAUUAUACACUGUUGCAUAUAAUCCGGGGGUCGUGCCCCUCGAACCAAAACUGAGCCUCGAGUCCUUCUACACAAGGGAUUUCUACACCUGUCGGAGCGAUGGCCUGCCCAUAUGGUGCUCGGACUGUCAGAACUGGAAGCCUGACCGUGCCCACCACUCUGGCGAUAUCCAGCGAUGCGUCAAAAAGAUGGAUCACUACUGCCCUUGGGCAGGGGGUAUGAUUGGAGAGACAGCCUUCAAAUUCUUUGUACAAUUCGUCACAUACACAGCUUGCUAUUGCGCGGCUGUUAUGCCUGAAGCAAUCGUCUUGAUCGUCCUUGCUGCCUUCUUUGGCUUGUUCUCGUUCACCAUGGCGUCCAUGUCACACGGCUUUGCUCUAAUCAACGUCACGAACAUCGAAAACUUAAGCCGGACGACGAAGGUUCAUCAGCUCGCGAUCCGGAUCCCGCUCGACCAGAGUCCGAAUUCUGAAAAUAGCUCCGCGCCGAAUGAUUAUGAGACUAUCACUUUCCCCCUGGCAAAUCCCAACUUUGACGGGAACCAGUACGUGUAUGAGAACCAGAACGGUGCCAAUGGUGCCCCCCGACGUGCUCCGGAGCACAAGUUUGCUAUCGUUAAGACCGAGAGGGGCGAGAACCCGUGGGAUACGGGUAGCUACUAUGAGAAUUGGAAGUCUGUGAUGGGGGACAGAGGCCUCUUCGACUGGCUGCUACCUCUGCGGCUUUCUCCUUGUUGUCAUUAUAACGGCGAAUACCCCGUGGGCCCUGUGGUGGAUAGACUGCGUGAAGGUUUGAAGAAAUGA